AUGGCCGCCGAACCGUCUGAAGACGACAUCGGGAAUUUCAUCAGCUUCACCAGCCUUCCGCGAGAGAAAGCCGUCCUCUUUCUGAAGGCAAACAACCUUAACUUAGAAAAGGCCAUCAAUGCAUAUUUCGAAAACCCCGACGGCGUCCCUACCGAACCUCAGGAUGACUGGACUUCGUUCAAUAAUCCGUCAUACUCUCAGGACAACCAGUCCGUGCCAACAUUUCAUAUCGAAAACUCCGAUACUCAUCCCGGAUACUCAGUUGCUCCGUCGCGCCCACCGUCCCGAAUGAAUGUUAGUGAGACACUAAGUGAUCGCAAAUAUGAAGGUGGCCAGGAUACUACAGGCGCAGAGGAGAUUCCGCGACAGAAUCUCACUUCCGCUCAACUCGAAGAACGCGACCUCCAACAAGCGGUAGCCAUGUCGCUAGGCCAAGAUUACGGGAAACAAGAAAGCGGCGUCAUCACACAAGCCCAAGAUAGUCAUUUUGGUCCGGCCACUCAAGAAUUUUACGACGAAACCAACUGGGGUAUGACUGUCGCCAACUCGGGCACAAGGGAAGAAAUAAUCAGCCCAGACCCGGAAGAUCGUCUGCGCAAAGAUGACGAGCCAGCAUUCCUACGACCUUCACAAGAAGCACAAUAUAUUGGAGGAUUUCUGACGAUACUUCAUUCGAUACCGCUUGCGCGGGAAGCACUUUUGCUUAGAGAGAAAACCGCCUCCGAUUAUGGGUAUGAUUCGCAAUGGUGGAACGGGCAGUCGAUUAAAAUUCCCCGGAUUGUGUCUCUAGACAACCCCUAUGCUGACGAUCAAGAUUGGGACGAUAUUAUUUACGAGGCACAACGAUUGAUGGCUUUCUUGGAUGGUACGCGGCGCGCCUUUGGGAGCACUGAUGCACUUGCUGGUUUAAGAUCUCUUUACGGCUAUAGCGGCGAUGGUGGUGUCGAGAGAUUCCUAGAGGCAUGGCAAGAGGCAUCCGUGCGUGCAACUCCAGCGAAUCAACUUUCAAUGGUCUUCUCUUCGUGUGCAAUGAAACAGGAAAUGUCCGAGAUGGAUUCACCGAACCAAAGGGAUUUCUAUGUUCUCAAUACGUAUGUCGAAACUGGACAGGGUCAGACCCUCUAUGACAUCUUGGAUGAUGCAAUCUGGCCCGAUGCGCCGGGAGAGGAGCUGGAUGAUGUCUGGCUUGAUCAUGUCGGCGAAAUUUUGACGAUAAAAUUGGAGAGCUACGCCAGCGAAGCGAUGAAUGUCAAGAUUCCAUCCAUCUUCUACCCGGAUCGGUAUAUGGAGUCACGCCGGGAUACAGUCCGUGAACUACGCUUGAAAAGGCUAGAUGCUAUUCAAAAGAUGAACGAAAUCGAAAGCAUAGCAGCACGCUACAGAUGCACGGAAACAGCAUCUCGAGCUGGGAUGUCCAACCAGGAGCUAUUAGAGAAAGCAGCGAAGGCCAUCACCAUCGCACUACCAAAACAUGUGCCUGAAGGGACAGGUGAUAUCGAUGAUGCGAGAGCGCAGCAAGUAACUGAACAGCUACGUGCAAUUGCAGGUCUCAUUAAAGAAAAAGUCGAUGAACUGGAAGCUGAAAAACAAUCAGCUCGUGAUAUACUCAGGGAACAGUCUAAGAUUUUAACAGAAUCAGAUAUCUCGUCUGAUGAUCCACCACACUACAAAUAUACACUCCGGGGCUUCUGCACAGCACCUCAUAUAACCUACGUUUUGCGAAAAGACACCCCUAUUCAAACGGAAGAGGAUCUAAUUGAAAUGGAAGAUAAAGAGCCCGAAGAAUGGCAUUGGUGGCGAAUAAGCUUCUCGACAGACGACGCAAAAACACAGCAAGCUGCUAAGCCCGAGAAUAGGAGGAUUAAGAGCAGCGAAAGAAAUAAUGCGGAUGUCAUUGGUUAUACUGCUAUCAAAGUACGCGAAAUCGAGGCACUUAGGGCAGCACGGGAGUCGAGGAGUCUUCUCUUGGUGUAUGCAAAUAACAAUGCAGUAGAGUUUGCUCAUCACCCUGCACAGCCACCUCUACAGGAGUUCGUAAACACAGACAACAUCACCUUCCAAGCAGAGCUUGACGCGGCUGCAAAUAUCUACAAUGGCGAAGAAGGCUCAGGCGAAUCGGUAGACGCAAUGAUGGAGGAUUGGCCAACGAUCGAUGCUGAAGACGAAAUUGCAUCCGCGACGACUGUGAAUGCAGCAAAAGUCAACGUAUUUGACUACGAGGUUGAUGCAUUUGACGAAGUCAGCUCUCAUCCAGGUCAGGAGAUGCAAGAAAUGCAGGAGCGAGGAGGAAAGAGUCUUCUUCAUUGA